GUGUGUGUGUGUGUGUGUGUGUGGCUAAAAUGUGCUUUUCAAAGUGCUGAGAGGUUGAUGGGAAUGUUUGAUUAGCUCCUCUGAGAAAAGAGAAAAGUUGCUUGGACCUCUCCUUGUUUCUUCUUUAGAAUAAUUUCGAUGGGAUUUGUGAUGCAGAAAAGCUUAAGGAAAAAAGGAUAUCCAUUCUGUGUGGUGGAAAAUUUUUGAAAAAAAAAUUGCUCUCUUCAAACAAGGGUGCCAUUUUGAUAUUUAUGGGGAUUGUUGUCCUCACUAUGAAGGCAUCUGUUAUUGAAAUGUUCCUUGUUUUGCUGGCGACUGGAAUAGACUCAAAUAAAGACAUGAACAAGAAGAUCAAAAGGCCCAAGUUCACUGUGCCCCAGAUCAACUGCGAUGUCAAAGCUGGAAAGAUAAUCAAUCCCGAGUUCGUCGUAAAAUGCCCAGCAGGAUGCCAAGAUCCCAAAUACCACGUUUAUGGCACGGACAUCUACGCCUCCUACUCCAGCGUGUGUGGGGCCGCAGUUCACAGUGGCGUGCUCGAUAAUUCCGGAGGGAAAAUCCUUGUUCGGAAAGUUGCUGGACAGUCUGGCUACAAAGGGUCUUACUCCAAUGGUGUCCAGUCGCUGUCGCUGCCGCGCUGGAGAGAGUCCUUCGUCGUCUCAGAAGGUAAACCCCAAAAGGGUGUAACCUACCCAUCGGCUCUUACAUAUUCAUCAGCGAAAAGCCCGGCUGCCAAAACAGGUGAGGCCACUACAGCCUACCAGAAGCCACCAGUCCCAGGAACAACUGCACAGCCAGUUACCCUGAUGCAGGUUACGGGAGCCACCACCACUGAAGCCACCGCUACGAGCCUGCCAAAGCCAUCCCCAUCUGCAGGUUCAACCACCAGCAGCCUCGGACCACAGCCCGUGGGCCACAGGAGCUGGGAGUUGGAUCUCGGGUCCACCAGCUCCUACGCAAGCGGCCACCACAGCCCUCGCGCCAAUCCAGGGGAAAUGGACUUGUGGCAACCUGGAUCGGUCCUUUUAGAUGCAGGAUUUGUUCCAAAAGAAGAAUUAAGCACACAGUCUUUGGAGCCAGUAUCCCAGGGAGAUCCAAACUGCAAAGUUGACUUGUCAUUUUUAAUUGAUGGGAGCUCAAGCAUUGGCAAACGUCGAUUCCGAAUCCAAAAGCAGUUCCUGGCUGAUGUUGCCCAAGCUCUUGACAUUGGCCCUGGCGGUCCACUGAUGGGCGUUGUUCAGUAUGGAGACAACCCUGCUGCCCAGUUUAACCUCAGGACUCACAUGAAUUCCCGGGAUCUGAAGACCGCCAUAGAGAAAAUCACCCAGCGAGGAGGGCUUUCUAAUGCAGGCCGGGCCAUCUCCUACAUGACCAAGAACUUCUUUUCCAAAGCCAAUGGGAACAGAGGCGCUGCUCCCAACGUGGCCGUGGUGAUUGUGGAUGGCUGGCCCACGGACAAGGUGGAGGAGGCUUCGAGGUUCGCGAGAGAGUCAGGAAUCAACAUUUUCUUCAUCACCGUCGAAGGUGCCACUGAGAAUGAGAAGCAGUACGUGACGGAGCCCAACUUCUCGAAUAAGGCUGUGUGCAGAACGAACGGCUUCUACUCGCUCAACGUGCAGAGCUGGUUCAGCCUCCACAAGACGGUGCAGCCCCUGCUGAAGCGAAUCUGUGACACGGACCGCCUGGCCUGCAGCAAGACCUGCUGGAACUCCGCCGACAUCGGCUUCGUCAUCGACGGCUCCAGCAGCGUGGGGACGGGCAACUUCCGCACAGUCCUCCAGUUCGUGGCCAACAUCAGCAAAGAGUUUGAGAUUUCAGAAACAGACACGCGGAUCGGGGCGGUGCAGUACACCUACGAGCAGCGUCUGGAAUUUGGAUUUGAGGAUCACAGCACCAAGGCCGACAUCCUCAACGCCAUCAAGAGGGUGGGCUACUGGAGCGGUGGGACCAGCACGGGGGCUGCCAUCAACUAUGCCCUGGAACAGCUCUUCAAGAAGUCCAAGCCCAACAAGAGGAAGUUGAUGAUCCUCAUCACUGAUGGGAGGUCCUAUGACGACGUCCGCAUACCGGCCAUGGUUGCCCAUCACAAGGGGGUGAUCACCUACGCAAUAGGUGUCGCAUGGGCCGCCCAGGACGAGCUGGAAGUCAUCGCUACUCACCCUGCCAACCACCACUCCUUCUUCGUGGAUGAGUUUGACAACCUGCACAAAUUUGUCCCCAAGGUCAUCCAGAACAUUUGCACAGAGUUCAACUCACAGCCUCGGAACUGAAGUCCCAGCAGGUAAAGCACCAGCCGAUGCUGCUUGCUCUACUGGCCCUGGGAUGGUCCCCAACACUUUAUGGGGCAGCAGGGCACAUGGGGGCUUGGUGCCGAGAUGUGCUGUUACUAUUCGCCAGCGCGGUUUUGUGUACUUCCAAGCUUGAAGGGAGAAAGGUGAUCACAGGUGUAUAGAAUGAGGGAAAAUGACACAUCAUUUGGAGGGUGCUGGGGAUUUACAUUUUGAUGAUGGUUUUCAAAAUAAAUAGAGAGAAUAAAGUGAAGAACUUAUGACAGGCUUAGCUAGAGUUUUUCUGAGGGUUCCCCCCCAUUUUUAUUUCUAAUUAGGAUUCUGUAACCCUCACAGAUUUAAUUGUUAGGGUGACAAUAUAGGAGUUGCUUAAUUGUUUUAAAAGAUGACAUUCUGACCGUGUUGUGGAGAGUGUUCACAGGCUUUCUGGCAGGAUGACCCUCCGCUCGUCCCAUUCCGCAGAGCAGGUGCUGUGCACUCGGUCCUGGCCCACAGGCACGACACAGCCACGGGGGUGCAAAGUGCAGCAGCAGCUGCUCCACUCCUGAUUUCCCUCCCUCUUCUCGACUAUCUGAAUCACUGUGCGCCUGCAUCCUGUAGCUUUAGGGGCAGCUGAGGAACGUUCCUGGAGGACAAAGGUGAUCUGGCCUAGAAUCCCUUGGGAGACUACACUGCUGGUUGCCAGGCCCCAUUCCGAGAGCUGUGGAAUUAGGCUCGGUGGGGCUGGAGCCUGAAGAGUGGCAUGAUUGACGAGCCGUUUGGCAAUACGGCUGUGCUGCCGCGGACGGAGGCCCACGGAGCCACUUCUGAGCGGUCAGUGGGACAGAGGAGCCCCUGUCUAUGCCUGCUGCCCUGGGUCCAAGUUUGAGCAUUUGCGCCAUGUUUUUCACUUGUUAACCAGACAUUAUCAUUAAUAGCUACAUUAAAAUAAGCCGGGAUGGGGUUUAGUUGGGCACCACUUCUUACUUCCAGCUUCUGCCAAGGACUCAUCUAUCAGGAUACAAAAUCUGUGUGUGACGGGGGAGUGUUCGAAAGAAUCACUAAUAAAGGUGACUUCCUUGACAAAUCA